GAGGCGCCGCGGUCCCUGCCGCCACCACGGCCAACACGGGUGCCACGCGCCGCCGCCGCCGCCGCCGCCGUGCCGCCGCCGCCGCGGCCACUCGCCCGCCGCCCACCAUGGCCCCGCAGCAAACAGGUAGCAGGAAGCGGAAAGCGCCCGCCGAGAGCUCGUCGUCUCAGGGCUCGGCGGCGGACGCAGAGGGGCCGCUGCUGCCUAAGAAGCAGAAGCGGCCGGCGACGCGGCGCUCGCUAGUGCACUACCUGAAGGACCGCGAGGUGGGCGCGCGGGGCGGCGCCGGGCUGUCGGGCUCCAAGGGCGAACUGCGCGGCUACGCGGUGCAGAAGCUGCCCGAACUCUUGAGGGAGCGUGAGCUGGCCCUGGGCACCCUCAACAAGGUGUUCGCGUCGCAGUGGCUGAACGCCAGGCAGGUCGUGUGCGGCACCAAAUGUAACACCCUCUUCGUGGUGGACGUGCACUCGGGGCAAAUCACGCGCAUCCCCCUGAUGCGGGACCGGGGGCCCUGGCUGGCCCGGGCCCAGCCGAGCUGCGGCAUCCACGCCAUCGAGCUGAAUCCCUCCAAGACGCUUCUGGCCACCGGGGGAGAGAACCCCAACAGCCUGGCCGUCUACCAGCUGCCCACCCUGGACCCCGUGUGCCUGGGCGACCGCCACGGCCAUAAAGACUGGAUCUUCACCAUCGCCUGGAUGAGCGAUACAGUGGCUGUGAGCGGCUCCCGCGACGGCACUGUGGCUCUAUGGCGGCUGGACCCCGACAUGUUCAAUGGCAGCAUCGCCUGGCACAGUGACGCGGGGCUUCCUGUGUACGCCCACAUCCGUCCGAGGGACAUGGAGACCAUCCCCAGGUCCAGCACCAGCCCCAGUAACCGCAAGGUGCGGGCCUUGGCCUUUAGUGGCAAGAACCAGGAGCUGGGAGCCGUGUCCCUGGACGGCUACUUCCACCUGUGGAAAGCCCGGAGCACUCUGUCCAGGCUGUUGUCCAUCAGGCUGCCCUACUGCCGAGAGAAUGUGUGCCUGACCUACUGCGAAGAGUUGUCCCUGUAUGCAGUGGGUUCCCAGUCCCAUGUCUCCUUCCUAGAUCCGCGCCAACGCCAGCAGAAUAUCCGGCCCCUGUGCUCCCGAGAGGGCGGCACAGGGGUGCGUUCGCUGAGUUUCUACCAGCACAUCAUCACCGUGGGCACGGGCCAUGGCUCCCUGCUCUUCUAUGACAUCCGUGCCCAGAAGUUCCUGGAGGAGAUGGCGUCGGCCAGCCCAGACUCCUGUCCUGGGCCCUCAGGAAGGAAGCUCAAGCUCACCUGUGGCAGAGGCUGGCUCAACCACGAUGACCUGUGGGUGAACUACUUUGGCGGUAUAGGGGAGUUCCCCAACGCGCUCUACACCCACUGCUACAACUGGCCUGAGAUGAAGCUCUUCGUGGCUGGAGGGCCUCUCCCUUCAGGCCUGCAUGGGAACUACGCAGGCCUCUGGAGCUAAGGAUGGCCAAUGUGUUCUCAAAGUGCCCAGAUUUACCUUCCAGUCCCCGCUCACUUUCUUCUUCACGCUGUGCUUUGUGCUUUUUAACUCACUGUGGCAUUUGUCUUCUAGGUUGGAAGUGCCCAGCUUACCUGUGUUUAGUGUAUUUAGGCAGAGAGAGAAAGAGAGAGACAAAUCAAAGGUGAUCUUUGGGCAAUCGAAAGUUGGCUUUAAGAUUUUUCUGUACCUCUCCCAACACCACCAUGUUUUUUGCCUCCUCUUACAAAGAAAUUUGUCUAAUCUUUAAUUGUGUUCUCUGAGUGAUUGACAUAUGCUCUUUCUUUGGGCUGUUGUAGAGGUGGUACCCCCUACAAUUCAAUACUUUUUUUUACCAAUAUUUCAACAGUAUGUUCAGGUCUUCUACAUAUUUCAGAUGUAUGGUAUUUUGGGAAAAUAUAUGCUAAAAAGUAUCUUUGGGGCUGGUUGGAGGAACUACCCUUCAUAUAUAUAAGAGAACAGGUAUAUACCUCUGCUCUAGAAAAUGCAUUUUAAGAUCUGGAUUGCCACCAUUUGGGGCCUGUUUCAUUUGGAUUUUGGAACCUGGUUGUUUGUUGUUUGUAUAUUUUUGGUACAUAAAAUAUUUAAAAAUAUGUUUUCUUCGUCAAGAAAUCUUAGAAUGGUGUUCAUCCUAUUAAUCACAAUUUUGAUUACUAAUUUUAUUUUAUUCGGUAAAUUUUAUUCAGUAAAAUUUAGCCCCAGGUCCUCAGCCUUCUUGUUUAAAGCUGCUGUAACACAGCCUGCUUUCCUGGGUAUCAUUUAUGCUACAGAUUUCCAUAGCUAAUCAAAACUGGCCUAUACAUGGCAGGACAAUCAGGGAAGUUCUUUUGGGGGUAAACAUUUCUUUAAAGUUUAGGUAACACUAUCCAGGCAGCCAUUUACACAGAAAGGCCCGCUGUUGUGCUCAAUGUAGAUGUUGUUGACAAUUUUUUUUAUUAUAUACAUGGGUAUUCCUUUUAUUGGGAUUGUGUAUGUGAUGGAUUGCAGAAAAAAUAAAACUUGUUUAGCAUUUUAGCAAUUAAGUACUAGGCUAAGGUUUUUAAAUGCUUACAUAUCUAUUUUUUUCUUAAUUGUCUUCUAGGAAUAUAUUUAUCAAAGUCAAAAUCUUCCAAGAGACCAGAUGAAACAUUAGCUGUGCACACAUUACUCUAUAUUUGUUUUUGAAAAGCAAACUUAUGCUAGUAUCAUGGGUGAAAAGAUGAAAUAACAUCUUGAAUGCCUUAUCAAAAUAUACUUGCUAUAGGUUGGGACAAUUUGGUAUCUUAUGUUUUUAAGAUGAUUUAAAAAACUUUAUUUACAAAAAAAAAGUACAUGUUGUGUUUAUAGCUACCUACUCACAUAUGCUGUGUAUUUGUGUAUGUCUUUGUGUUACUUCCCAUGUGAAAAAAAGGCACAUGUGUAUACCAUUUUACAUAUGCACAUAUUCCUAAUAUUUUAAACUAUGUCUAUCAAGACUUGG